CAGAUCUUUCCUCUGUUUCCGCUUUCUCAUGCUAACGGCGAGCUUCCGUCAAUACUUGUUCUCUCUCCUGAUUCUGGGAGCCCCAGGAGCCAGGGAGGGAAUAGUUGCCUGCAGGGAUUGGAGUAAAUACCCAGAGGGGGAAGGCGGGACUUCCGCGUCCUGCCGGAAGUGACGCGACAGUCACGGCCGCCGACAGGUGGAACGGCAGGUGGGUUCAGGUGCCAGCCUGGCUAGCUCCCGGCUGUGGGACCGACGCUUCCGGUGAGCGACAGUGGCAGCCCCCAAGUGCCUGAAGACCCGUGGGGAGGGAUCUGGGAUCUGAACCCACCGCCCUGGCCUGGAAUCCUCCCUUAUACCUAUUCCCCAUUCCCCUGCCGAGCUGGGCAGUUAACCAGCCCCCCUCAACUCUUGGAAAAAUGUUUGCAGACUUGGAUUAUGACAUUGAAGAGGAUAAACUCGGAAUCCCUACUGUGCCUGGGAAGGUGACCCUGCAGAAGGAUGCUCAGAACCUGAUUGGGAUCAGCAUUGGAGGAGGGGCCCAGUACUGUCCCUGCCUCUAUAUUGUCCAGGUAUUUGACAACACCCCGGCAGCCCUGGAUGGCACUGUGGCCGCUGGCGAUGAGAUUACCGGUGUCAAUGGCCGGUCAAUCAAAGGAAAAACUAAGGUGGAGGUGGCAAAGAUGAUUCAGGAAGUGAAGGGGGAGGUGACCAUCCACUACAACAAGCUGCAGGCAGACCCCAAGCAGGGCAUGUCCCUGGAUAUUGUCUUAAAGAAGGUGAAGCAUCGGUUGGUGGAGAACAUGAGUUCGGGGACCGCAGAUGCUCUGGGCCUGAGCCGGGCCAUCCUGUGCAAUGAUGGGCUUGUCAAGAGACUUGAGGAGCUGGAGCGGACCGCUGAGCUAUACAAAGGGAUGACAGAACACACCAAGAACCUCCUACGGGCCUUUUAUGAGCUGUCACAGACACACCGGGCCUUUGGGGACGUGUUCUCCGUGAUUGGGGUGCGGGAGCCCCAGCCAGCUGCGAGCGAGGCUUUUGUGAAGUUUGCCGACGCCCACCGCAGCAUCGAGAAGUUUGGCAUCCGGCUGCUGAAGACCAUCAAGCCGAUGCUGACGGAUCUGAACACGUACCUCAACAAAGCCAUCCCAGACACUCGCCUCACCAUCAAGAAGUACUUGGACGUGAAGUUUGAGUAUCUUUCGUACUGCCUGAAGGUGAAGGAAAUGGACGACGAGGAAUACAGCUGCAUUGCCCUAGGGGAGCCCCUGUACCGUGUGAGCACAGGCAACUACGAAUACCGCCUGAUCUUGCGCUGCCGCCAGGAGGCUCGCGCCCGCUUCUCCCAGAUGCGCAAGGACGUGCUCGAGAAGAUGGAGCUGCUGGAUCAGAAGCAUGUUCAGGACAUCGUGUUCCAGCUGCAGCGCUUCGUGUCCACCAUGUCCAAGUACUACAACGACUGCUACGCCGUGCUGCGUGACGCCGACGUGUUCCCCAUCGAGGUGGACCUGGCGCACACCACGCUGGCCUACGGCCUCAGCCAGGAUGAGUUCACUGACGGCGAGGAUGAGGAGGAUGAAGAGGAUGAGGACACGGCAGCUCGGGAGCCGUCCAGGGAUGCGCGAGGGGCUGCUGGGCCCCUGGACAAGGGCAGCAGCUGGUGUGACUCCUGAGUGUACUUCGGGGUACAGAUGUGGGGGGUAGGGUGAAUGAGAGGAUGACAGCUUGGGAGCGGGGGCUGGGCCGCCGCGCAACAGGGAGGUGCAUAAAGGCCUGCUGGCUUGGGGCGCCUGCAUCCCUGCUCCUCUGUCCUAGCACAGUGAACCAGGGCCCCUGCCCAGGAAAGGCACCGGGCCGGGACCUGGGACCUGGGACCUGGACACUGGCCCCUCCACCUCCAUUCCCCACCUCCCCAGCCAGAGGGUAGCUUGGUCUCUGGCCCUGCCCUGGGAAGGAGAGAGAGGGCAGAAAGGAGGAGGGGCUGGAGGUGGCAGGAAGUCCAGGAUCCAGUCCGGUCCUCAUGGGCACCUCUGCUGGCCCCACCUGGAGCCCGCGGGGAGUGGGGGGCCGGAGGUGGACAGCCGAGGCUGGGGCCAGUGUCUCGUGUACACCCUCGCCUCGCCCCAGGUCAGCCCCACCCCAGUCCACGCUCACACCUCGGCGGCCUUUUAUUUAUUUUAUUCCCUUAGCUCAGCCAUUACCCUGGGCAGGGCUGGGCGCUGGGCCUGUAUUAAAUAAACACAAACCCAGAUGGAGC